GCUACCGCAAAGGAAACUACUGGCCGGACAACCUCAAAAACUUGAUAUCAAACUAGCUGAGUGGUUAAAGAUGGAGCCGAGGAUUCUGUGUGUCUGUCUUUUACUGAGCUUCUUGGCCGUGUCGUCACAAGCUGCUGUGAUUUCUAUUGAUUUUGGUGGCGAAUGGGUGAAGGUAGCUUUGGUCAAGCCUGGAGUUCCGAUGGAGAUUGUAAUAAACAAAGAAUCAAAAAGGAAAACAGCAUCCAUUGUAUCGUUGAGAAAUGAUGAGCGGUUGUUUGGAGAUGCUGCCCUACACAGUGCUGUCAAGCACCCCAAGAGUUCCUACCGCUACCUACAGCUGUUAGUGGGACAAAAGUACAACAGUCCUCUCGUGGAUAUGUACAAGAGGUGGUUUCCAUGGUACGAUAUUGUGAAAGACGAAGAAACAGGGAUGGUACUGUUUCAACACAACGCUGACACGGUGUACUCACCUGAAGAGCUCAUAGCGAUGAUCUUCAACCAUUCCCGUCAGUCGGCACAAAGCUUUGCCGACAACACUCCUAUUAGAGAUGUGGUGAUCACCGUGCCAGCAUUCUUCAGUCAGGCACAGAGACAGGUCAUACUAAGGAGUGCUGAGCUGGUUGGACUGAACGUGCUGCAACUCAUGAGCAACAACGCAGGAGCUGCUCUCAAUUAUGGUGUGUUUCGACAGAACAGUUUCAACACGACCGCUCAGUACGUCAUGUUCUAUGAUAUGGGGGCUCUCAGUACCACGGCAACCGUUAUAGAGUAUCGUAGGGCGCAGGUGAAGGAGGGCACUGUAGCGAACACGUACCCCCAGCUGGCAGUGAAGGGGACAGGAUUUGACAGGACUCUCGGAGGACUACAGAUUGAGCUGAGGUUGAGGGACCACCUGGCCGCCAUAUUCGAGAGUCAGAAGAAGACCACUGGCAGUGUAUACGAUUCCCCUCGUGCAAUGGCCAAGCUGCUCAAGGAGGCGAAGAGAGUCAAGCAAGUACUCAGUGCUAACAUAGAUCAUAGGGCGCAGAUUGAGGGUCUAUUGGAGGACGUGGACUUCAAGGCCCAAGUCACGAGGGGAGAUCUGGAGGAACUAUCUGCUGAUCUAUUUGAGAGGGUGGGUGGUCCGAUACAACAAGCACUGGACGCAGCUGACAUGACGAUGGACGAGAUAGACUCUGUGAUAUUAGUGGGAGGUGGGACACGUGUGCCUAAAGUGCAGGAGACGCUGCUACAGGUCGUUAACAAGGCUGAUCUCGGUAAAAGUCUAAACACUGACGAGGCUGUUGCCAUGGGAGCAGUCUACCAGGCAGCUGCUCACUCUAAACUAUUCAGAGUCAAGAAAUUCAUCGUCAAGGAAGGAACAGUCUUCCCGAUACAAGUUGCAUUCACACGAGUGAGUAGCACAGAGGCAGCGGAGGGGGAGGAGCCUGAAGAGGUCACAAAGGUUGUGAAAAGGACUCUGUUCCAUCGCAGCAACGGAUACCCACAGAAGAAAGUGCUCACGUUUAAUCGCUAUUCUGAAGAUUUCUCGUUUCAAGUAUUCUACGGUGAUUUGGACUUCCUGUCACCAGACGAGAAGAGUUACCUUGGUCGACUGAACAUAUCCGAGGUGUACCUGGCUGGUGUGAGAGAAGCAAUGGCUGCCAACACACAGGGAGAGAACAAAGGCAUCAAAGCACACUUCAGAAUGGACGACAGUGGGAUACUCUCUCUAGAUAAUGCAGAGUGUGUAUUUGAGUACCCUGAAAACAUGAGACCUGAUGAGCAGUCAACCUUGUCCAAAUUGAGUAAUGCAUUCUCGAGUUUCUUUGGAGGUAGCGAAGAAGAGCCCCAAGCUGAGACAAUGGACACAUCCACUGAGACCACACCUAUUCCAGAGGAUAAGAUGGAUGAUAGUAACACCACCGACGGUGAUGACAGUACACCCACUGGUGAGACCACACCCACUGGUGAUCAGGAGGAGCAGCCGAAGGAAAGUGAACAGGAAGAAGUACAACAAGAGGAAUCAGAAGAGGAGGAGGAGGAAACAAACGACGACACAAGCGAAGACGACUCUCAGAGUGAAGAAGAAAGUGCCGAUACUGAUUCAGAGGAGGAACCAAAGAAAGAAACAGAAGACAGCGACGACAACGAAGGAGACCCUGGAAGCGAUGAAGAGGUACCAGAAAAGGGGGAGGAGUCACCAGAGUCAGAAGAACCGCCCCCUGUCGGAGAUACCGAUGCAAACACAACCAGUAGCGAGACCACGCCCCCUAAAAACGGCACUGUGGGGGGUAAAUCAAAAAAGAAAAAGAAGACCCCACCUAAAGACAGCAUGGUGAAAGUAAAUCUAACGGCAGAGGUGACAAAACUCGAUCUGUUGUCGCCUUCCAAUGGAACAGUGAAGAUCUACAUGGAUAAGUUGGACGCUCUUCAGCGUCGUGACGACGACAAAGCGGCCAAUGAGGUGGCUCAUAACAAUCUCGAGUCUCACAUCUUUGAAACCAAGGACUUGAUGUAUGCCGACUCAGUGGUGGCCGUUUCCACAGCAGAGCAGAGGGAAGUCGUAUUAACAGUGCUGAGCGAGGCCGGAGAGUGGAUGGAGGACGAGGGAUACUUAGCCGACACCAAGACUUAUAAAGACAAACUACGAGAUUUACGCAAAGUCUCACGGGCAAUGUUCAAAAGAGCGGAGGAGUUGGCACGGCGACCAAAGUACCUUGAGAUCCUCAACCAGAGCCUGAACGUGUCACAUGACUUCUUAUCACGGAUGAGGAAUCUCACGACAGAGUUGCAGAUAUUUACCGAAGUGGAGAUGACAACGUUAGAGACUCUUGUCAAUGAAACCGAGGAAUGGUUGUCGGGCAUGUUAGAGCAACAGGAAGCCACACCCCCUUACGAAGACCCCGUCCUGUUGUCGUAUGAUCUCCAGGAGCGUACGAAACGUUUGGACAGGGAGGUCAUGUAUCUGUUCAACAAGCUACGGACACACCCACCUCCCAAACCAAAGAUCAUACCCACCAAGGACAACUCUACCAAAUCAACCACGGAUGAUAAAGUUGUUGUUGAUGAUGACUCGGAUGUGGAGGCAGCAAGCGACGAAGAGGACGAGCCCCUCAAAACGGAGAGUGAAGACACCACCACCACUCAAGAGCCGCUAGACGAGUCACUAGAAGAGCCAGCCACUGAUGAUGAUGAUGUUACUGAUGAUGAUGAUGUCACUAAUGAUGAUGUCACAGAAGAUGAUCAGAAACAUGGCGAACUCUAGCGAUUGUUAUCAGUCAGUAUAUAGGGUUAAUUGUAGAAACUGUAAUUAUAAUAACUUCAUUUUUACAAUCCAAUAAAUUGAUUGGCAUACCAUGCUUGCUUGAUUGCUUGAUUUGUUGUGCAAAAUA